AUGGGCAGCCUCUUCAUCUCACACUCGAUGCAAAACUUAGGCCUAGACCAACACCUCGCGUCCGACACCUCCCACACCUUUGAUAUCUCGCCCGAUGACGCUGGGCGCCAGACCAGCACCCUCUCGCAAGACGUCAAGAUGGAAAUGGAGCCUGUUCUAUACCAGCUGCAUAACACUGUUAGGGCAGCUGCAUUGCCGCCCGUCUCCGUCAUAAUGGACGACUCAACCAGGGCUCUCCUCCGGUAG